UCGGUUUUAGCGGGUUUUUCCGUGCCUGUUUACUGAAGUUUGUGAAUAAAUCGAUGUUUUUACUCUUAAAUCUGAUAUUCAGCGAUAUUAUAGCUCAUUUUAAUAACAGCACAGCUACUGUAUGACACUAAAGAGGCCGGGGAAGGUUGGUUUUGUGUGUUUUGUUGGUGGCGGAGGUCUUUAUAGCAGUUUUUAGGCGGUAUCCUCUACGUGUGGCGAUGGAAGCAGCGCAGACUUUGGACAAAGGCGAGGAAGCCGAGAACAAACGCAAAGUCCCCAGAGAUGUCGAGAUGGACAUUGAAUAUCUGUACGAAGUUGUGCCCCAGCUGUCCAGAGUCUUUCGGAUUACUGACAAAAUUGGAGAAGGUACCUUCAGUUCAGUCUACCUUGGAGAAGCCCAGAUGACGAACGGCAGGAGAGAAAAGUUUGCACUAAAGCAUCUCAUCCCUACAAGCCACCCGGUGCGGAUAGCUGCAGAACUCCAGUGUCUAACUGUGGCUGGCGGUAAGGAAAAUGUGAUGGGUGUCACUUACUGCUUCAGAAAGGACCACCAUGUGGUGAUUGUUAUGCCCUAUGUGGAGCACCAACCUUUUGUGGAUAUUGUUGGCAUGCUGAGUUUUGAGGAGGUCCGGCUGUACAUCUAUCAAUUGCUCAAAGCCCUGAAACACAUCCACAAGUUCGGCAUCAUCCACCGUGACAUCAAACCAACAAACUUCCUGUACAACCGACGGGGGAGAAAGUAUGCGCUGGUGGAUUUUGGCCUCGCUCAGGGAACUCCUGACACUCAGAUCGAGCUACUGAAGGUGGUGAAAUCUCAUAAGGCCCAGAAAGGUGGUGGGUCUGCAGGCAAAUCUGAGGAAUCACAGGGGAAACGGGCACUGAUACCUUUACCUCCCAACGCACCUGCACCUCACGCUUCCACAAGAACAGCAGCCAAAAGACCCUGUCCACCCUUACGCCACAAACACAACAAGGAGCUGAUGGGACUCUGUAAAACAUCCCGUUCUGUAUUUGGGGAGAGAAACCUCAACAAUGUAAACGCUGCAAAGAACCCAGCAGAUAAGGUAGAGGAACACCUGUUAAAACCAGCAAAAGCUGAUGAUGUCAUUGGACGCAAGUUUGUGUCCUCUAAACGGCGCGCUCUUCCCACGAGACCCGCAGUGACCAGCCAGAAGCCAAAAGCUGCCUCCCUUAACCCGUCACUCACCUGCAGCUGCCACAUGACUGACCGCAUCUGCAACAUCUGCCUGUCCAGGAAACAGCAGGUGGCUCCUAGAGCAGGUACCCCAGGCUUCAGAGCUCCUGAAGUUCUGACGAAGUGCCCCAAUCAAGGAACAGCUAUUGAUGUUUGGUCAGCAGGUGUUAUUCUGCUCUCACUUCUGAGUGGCAGGUAUCCAUUUUUCAAAGCCAGCGAUGACCUGAUGGCCUUGACUCAAAUCAUGACUAUUCGUGGUUCCAGGGAAACAAUACAAGCUGCAAAAAAAUUUGGGAAAGCCAUAGUGUGCAGCCGUGAGCUUCCUCCGCUGGACCUGAGGAUCCUCUGCGAGACCCUGAGAGGCGUCCGACCAUGUGGAAAGGAUUCGCUGCCCGCCGAGUUUCAGGCCACUCGUCACCCUGCAGAAAUCAAGCAGGAAAGCACAGGACCUGCUAAGAAUCAGAGCAGCCAGUCUGCCUCCCAGUCACCCGAAAACACUGCAGCGUUCCAGGGGACCGGUUGGGACAGUGUUCCUGAUGAUGUCUAUGACCUACUGGACAAACUUCUGGAUUUGAACCCAGCAACAAGAGUAACUGCUGCUGCGGCUCUGCAGCAUCCGCUCUUUAGAGACAUCGGUGAUCAACAGGAGGACGCCAGUUGACCUGACCUGACCUGACCAUGUUCCGCCACGUUUUUCGGAGCAACUGCUUGGUUGGGAAAAGCUUUAUAGAACAAAUUUUUUGUCAGAAUACCUUCAUUUAGAGUGCUUCAUUCGUUUUUGUAUGCAUGUGAACUGUUGCAUUAACAUGAAGUAUUUGUCUUCAUUUUCAGUUAAACAGCAGGGCAGUAUUUUAAAUUGGACACUCAAACAAAAUGAUUAGAUCUGAAAUAUGAUCCAAAUGGGAUUUUUCCAAAGACUGUGCUUGUGGUUGGAUUCAGUUCCGUUUAUCCACCAGGUCUGAAUCCUCAGGGUUGUUUGUUUGGAUAAAGCACUGCAGAGUUGAGUGCUGUAGUUUUGUUUAACCUGAAAUGCGACACAGAAAGCGCAUUAGUUUUGUAACAUAUUGUAAAGUCUGUAUUUAUUUAUCCAGAUUGUCUUACAUUGUAUGAAAUUUCUUCAACAGUGCAAACGCCGUCAAAUAUUUCCAAAGUAAUAGACCAAGAAGUGAUUGUCAGCUUUUUUCUUUUGCCAGACGUCCUAUUGGACUGAUACAGGUUGAUGAAAUGUGUAACGCUUUGGAUUAAAUAAUACUUUAAUAAAUUCUGAUAAACAUUG